AUGGGCAACACCACCAGUGCAGUCCUGGACAACCUCGUCCAAGGAUCCAACUUCGACAGAGAUGAGGUUGAUCGUCUGCGAAAGCGUUUCAUGAAACUGGACAAGGUGCGCAAGCUUCCCGACUUUUUGGCUGUGGCGGAGCCUAGCGAUGGUGGUGGUUGCGCGAGGCUGAAGCAUAUCAUCGACAUCGACAACUCCGGGACGAUCGAGCGCGAUGAAUUCCUCAGCCUUCCUCAGAUUUCGUCCAACCCUCUCGCAACACGAAUGAUUGCCAUCUUCGAUGAGGAUGGUGGUGGUGAUGUCGAUUUCCAAGAGUUCGUGACAGGCCUCUCUGCGUUCAGUAGCAAGGGCAACAAGGAACAGAAGCUUCGGUUCGCCUUCAAGGUCUACGACAUUGACCGUGAUGGUUACAUCAGCAAUGGAGAGCUUUUCAUUGUCCUCAAGAUGAUGGUUGGCAGCAACCUUAAGGACCAGCAGCUGCAGCAGAUCGUGGACAAGACUAUCAUGGAGGCCGAUCUCGACAAGGACGGCAAGAUCAGCUUCGAGGAGUUCACCAAGAUGGUUGAGGGAACUGAUAUCAGCAUGAGCAUGACUGUUGACCAGUUUUAA